GAUUUCUAUCAAGGUAGUAAAUAUAACGCGGCCUUCUAUAGGACGGCCACCUAUGUUUUGUUCUAGUUCCUGUUCGAUCCAGUUUAAACCGGUGCCCUGACCGAUGCCUUGACCCACAUUUGCGAUGCUACAUCGAUAAGAGUACAAACAAAAGCAGCAUGUAUACGCUGCGUUAACAGCCCCCCGAAACCCAGACCGGCGACCGUCUACAUUUAACGUUUAGGUAUGCAUGCGUUCGUGCAUAAAGACUUUCUCCCAGGCCUUAGGUAUUGAAAAACCUUUCUUGAAGACAGCUUGUGAAUUCUUGGUAGUUUGGGUGUUUAUGUGAGACAGGGGAAGCUUUUUCCUCGUUGGUUUGUUGGCUGGUAUACGGCUCUUCACCUUUAAAAGUGUUGUCUGCAGUCACUGCCUUCAUUGUUGACUCAAGCUCAGGUGACUAUUUCGUGGAGAAGGUGAGCAUUCUACAACACACGGGGUCCUCAAAACACGUUUACGGCAAGCAGAGGGAAGGUUUCAGAAACACAUUUGGUGAGAAGUUGGAAAACAACCUGGUUCCAAAUUCGACGGCAAGCGGUACAGUUGAUACUUACGUGACAUCAAGGGAACUACCUACCAUCACAUCUGCACGGUGAUGUCAAAGUGGGAAGAUGAGACGUUUGCCGACUGGCACCCGAGGGACGUCCGGCGUCUCAUCCGGGCCGGGGAGCUGCGAGACAGGCCGACAUCAGGGAUGUGCUCUGGGUAUGCCCAGGCCAACGUAACCAUUUUGCCAAAGUCCCUGGCUGAUGACUUCGAGACUUUUUGCUCGCUGAAUACGGGGGCCUUUCCUAUGAUGUACAGGUCUAAACCUGGUGAGCUGACCGCUCCACCGCUAGCGGAGGAAUCCGACAUCAGAACGGAUGGUGUGUACAGUGUUUGCAAGAAUGGCAGAAUUCUACCAGAGGCGGGCACCUUGCUGCAGUACACGGAAGAGAUGAAGGACAUGGUGACUUUCUACACCGGCUGCAGCUUCUCGUUUGAAGGGGCGUUCCUGGAAGCAGGUGUCCCAUUACGGAACGUGGAGCAAAAGCUUGACGUCGGCAUUUUUAGGACGAGUAUUCGCUGCCAACCUUUCAACUCAUUUGACUGUGAAGUUGUGGUGAGUAUGCGCUACAUACCAGCGGACAAAUUAGAGACAGCCUUCCGGGUCACGCAUUGGACGCCAACUUCACACGGAGCUCCUAUCCACAUUGGUGACCCAGCCGUGAUAGGUAUAAGUGACCUAGAGAACAUUGACUGGGGUGAUGUUGUGAAGCCCAGCCCGGGAGACGUACCCGCGUUCUGGCCAUGUGGAGUCACCAUGGAGCCAGCUGUAAUGUCUGCUUCUCCGUCAAUUGGUUUCUUUACACGUGGCACAAAGGGAUGUCUGUUUCUCUGUGACACCAAGACGACCUUUGUCAAGGGCACAAACAUGGCCGACACCCCUAGCGUUGUACAGAUAUCCCAGAAUCCUCUACUGUACAGCGUGGCAUCGGAAAACGCUGUUGGGAUCGUCCAUGAACUGGAGAGGCUGAUACUGCCGGUUCGGGAGGCACAGAAUGGAUGUCUAUCAGACGUGCACGAAGAAGGCACAUUGUUGAAGUCAGCCCUGUCUCUGUCCCAUGCGUCAUCAAUCGCCGUGGUGGCCAUUACGUGUCCUGAUAAAGAACCCAGCUCACAGAAGCAGUAUGAGGGGCUUCAAAGCGCUGUUGCCAUAACCGGCAUGUUGCAGGCGUUAGGGAAGGACGUUACUGUGGUAACCGACGAGACCAGCACAAAACAUGUGGAGAAUAUCGCAAGGGAACUCGUACAUGUAGGAUAUCUGAAGAAAGCCUUCACUGUUCUACCCUACCCACAAAACAACAUUGCCAGUGCAGACAGAAACAUGCCGCUGCAGUUUCUCACUGAGGAAAACGAUCCGAGGAAACCUAAGUUCGACCAUCUGGUGAGGAUAGGAAGUUCUGUACAACCAGAAAAAUCUUCCAAUGACACGCAGGGCAUUGACCAACUGUUUCUCGUAAAGCUGCCGUGGAUCAAAUCAACAGGUAUUGGUGCGGAUCGCAGUGACACCGAGAUCUCGACAGACUAUACCAUUGAGACAGGGGUGUACAGCUCAUGGGCGCUUACAUUGGCGCUGUUAGUUCUGAAUGCCUGUCCGAUCCACGACCGCUACCGUAGGAGAAGCGUGGGGGCGGCAAAGGAUAUGAAGGAUGCUACGGAAGCUGCUAUCUCAAUUGAAAGGGAACAACUGGCGCUGUCCGUGGUGCUGAAACAGACCAACAAUAGGGAGAUCUUGGAGGAGCUGCAGUUUUCCGCUGAGCAGAAAGGGGUCAUUACUGCAAUGAGAAACUUGGCUGUACUGGUUUAAUAAACUAGUCCAUUCUUGACAUGUACCGCAAUAGCACAUCAUUUAACGGCAUGGAGGGUGCCUUUUCAUGUUAUAAUAAUGGUGAUGUAAACUUAGGAUAUAAGAAAUUAAUUCUCAUAAGCAAAAAUACCCCGAUUUCAUCAAGGAGGCUUUUUCAUAUAGAACCUCCUUGAUUUCAGAAAGAAUAUUUAAGCAUAUAAUAUAUUAAUACUGCAUUUGGAAAGGUGCCAUUGUCUAAAAUAAAGUAAUGUGCAUACAAAUCAAACAGAACCCACCAAUGUCAACCUAUAUUUUGUAACCUAGUUUUUAAUCUAUUUUUUGAAUCUGGUGGAUGGAAGAGUUGCGUUUGAAGGCCAAGUUCAAAAGUAGGAAAUAAACAAGAAAGCUGUACUAUUGUUUUCACAUGACAAUUUAUUGCCACAAGUUACUGCCAUCACUGUUUUUAAAGUUGACAAUGUAACUUUUCAGUCAAUUUACAAUAUACAACCAUAUGGAAUGCAAAGUUUUCUUUACUCUAUGAAUCUACAUUGUCUUUGGUGGUGACUGACUAUCGCUUCAACAUAUCCAAGAGCUGAAACUGGAAAAAAAGGUGCAUCAACAAAAAGGUGCCUUGGGCCAGUCUGUAAAAUGCAAUUACCAAUUCCAAUGGUGAUUGGUCAUGUCAUACUACUUAGUCUCUGAUUGGCCAUGUACUAUCAUUCUCCUUAAUGUGAUUGGUCAAUAAUCUAGACUGCUAUCUUUUGCCAUAUUUGGGCAUUUAAUUAUUGGUCAUGGCUAAUUGGUUUGACACAUAACAUUCAUUAGCCAAUGAGAAUGCAAUCAAUGGUGAAAGAUCAGGAAAAGCUGUUAGAUUUUGUGUACAAUGACUGGAGUAACAGUCUUUACAGUGCUGUUUUAAAGAAAUGUUUGAAUCUUUGUAAUAUCAUUGAUAAUUCUGUCACAUGUAUAUCAUGUACUAAAUAAAUACAUAUCAGAAACAUAGGUGCAUGAAAACAUAUAUCAUCAUCAUCAUACAUAUAUCAUUUCAUAUAUGUACUCCACCAACCAGAUUCCUUUGUAGCAAAUUGGACCAAUGUGUGAGUAUCGCCCAUUCACAAGUUUUCACAGAUAAUUAGGUCCAGGUUCAGGUUCAGGUCCGGACCUGUCGCAAUCCUCUGGACUUGAACUGGACCUGAAUUUUUCUUUAUCAGUAACCACCCCGACUUAUCAGUAAAAGAUUCUUUGUGGUUCCAACAUUGCGUGAUUGGUGAGAUGCAUUGG